UCUCGUCUGUCAUUCAUCAUCGAGACCGUAACAGGUCAGAGAGGGAGAGAGAAAGUCAAGCAAUAUCUGGCGACCAGCAAAUGCGGCAUUGUAUCUUCACAAAGAGGGUUUCUGAGUGGAAAUAAGAUUGUUGUCUCCUGACAAAGAUGUCGAAUUCCCGGAGUAUGCUGCGAAUUGGUCGUUCGUUACUGGAAAUCUUGUUGCUCCUGACAGCCGCUGUCUCGGGGAUAGUUGUUACAGCCUGUGUCCUACUCACGACGAAUGACUUCAAAGGCAAAUGUCUGCUGUAUAGUUACGUGUCCGAUGUAAGGGUUGGAGAGGACCCUAAGUACAUUGUAAGGUGGACAGGUCUAGCGAACUGUCGCUUUAUCACCAUAGUACAGGUUGCAGCAGUUAUUUUUGCCAUCAUCAACAUUGGAAUUCAGGGUUAUUAUAUCAUAAAGAGCAAAACACAUGGAACCAGCAAAAUCCCCUUGCUAUUUACUGGUCUCUACACCGUCACGUGGACCUUGAUACUGGUAUCAUCUUGUAUACUAUCUGUGGGAUUCAGCGAGUACUGUGGGUCGUGGCUAAAAGCUUUUGAAGAAGCAGGGGAACCAUUUCUGGACCAUUGCAAAUAUGUUCAAAAAGUUCAGUGGCACGACGGUUUGAAAGGUGACAGGUUUUACAGCGUGCUUACAACUGCACAGACAGCAGCCUGGAUAUCGUUUGGUGUAUGGAUGCUUUUACCUUUGGUUGCUUGGGCUGGGGUACGUUUUGUCACGAAUCGGCGUCAUCCCGAUCAAGCCUCGGACGUGCCCACGUGAUCCCAAAAGCGUCAACCAAUCAACUUCAAGUGUCUACUGUGAAUAGCUACCGUCCUCUUUGUAAAAUUAAUCAAGGACGUUUUUUGUUUUAUAUUCUCCACGAAAAGAUGGAUUAUGCGCAUUUGUAUUACAUUUACCAUGUUUACAAUCUAGAAUCAAAUAUUAACAAGCGAGUAGUUUCCUUUCCAUAGGUAAGGUCCAAUUGAGAUCACUCAUAAUACAAGAACAGAACAAUAUUUCGAUGUUUUUCGAAGGAAAUUCUGGAUUUAUAGAAUACAAACAAAAUGAAGACAUUGGCACCUUUCGGGUCUCUCUUCUACUCUAUUAUUUUUUCUUGGUAUUCCACCUAUGAUGACA